UGUGACCUCACCGGUCUAUGACGUCAGCGUUGCCCGCAUUAAGUUUUUAAGCUUUUACGUAUGGAUCCACUUGCAAAGUGUUCCGUUCAUUAUCUGAAAAUCUAUCAAGGAGUAUACGAAGGUUUGGUUUACGGCAAAGACGCUGUAAAUAGGCGGGAGGAAAAAAUUAAGAACGAAAGAACCUUUAAGAAGAACUCCAUCGUGUACGCCAAGAAGAAUCCCAUGUUACCCAAAAUAUACCAGCUCGAGCAGAGGGUUCAUCAUUUGGCCAUUGCCGAUGACACAUUCACAAGUGCUACAAUUCCAGAACUCUAUCCGACUCUCACGACAAAACUAGAAUCCAAAACUUCGCCCUUCACAGCAGACCGGAAGUCAGUCUUCACAGAGGAGACAACUACCCCAAUUGCUUCGAAACCACUUCCGGCUUCGCAUUUGAACGCUUCGUUACUAAGACGACCUACUACGCUCAGGAUCCGACCUUUGGAAGAAAAGGACGAGGAGUUCCAAGCGUUUGCGAACCGUUUAGAUUUAAAGCCACUGAUAAUCGAUGAUUGUCCGUUUAAGACUCUGAAGUUCUACCUCUUGAAAUACCCGCUGCUGCUUCAGAAGCUGCUGGCAAAAGAUCGGGAUAGGUACGCCGACCGACGCAGCGUGAACCCAAUCCUUUGUCCAAAUCCACUACAACGAGGCUCAGACGUGGGAAAGAGGCUGGUUGUGUCGAACAUUGCGUUGGAUGAACUGGAAAAGGAAACAACGGGUUGUCGUUUUACAACGGAGCUGAGGGAUGACACCUUUGAUCCGAGGAAGUGGCUCUGGAAUAGAUAUAGGUAUCAGUAGUGGCAUCAGAAUAUCAACGAUUAUUAUUCAACUCAGAUAUAUGUUAUAGGGAUGAUCAACUUUCAUUGCGUCAAUCAUCGUCUAUGGUAAACUGUUCACGAAAUGUAUUCUAUUGGCUUCUUAUCUCAAGAAUUCAAGAAUAAAACGUAAAUAU